AUGCCACCCCUGUCAGGAUUCUCCAACAACCCCCUCCGAACCAGGGCGGACUUGGUCCAAGCCACGCUCGCGCUCCUCCGGCCCCUCCUACCCCACUUCUCCCCGUCCAAGGGCCGGAUCCGAAUUCCGGUGACUUCAGCAACGCACUUUGAUGAAACAGCUGCCCAACUCGAAGGUUUCGCCCGGCCGUUAUGGGCUGUAGGCGCCUUACUACUUGGAGCUGAUGCCACUUCAGAUACAUCACUGUCCGCUGCAAUCACCGAAGUAGUCCAGCCAUGGAUUGAUGGCUUCGUCACAGGAACCGACCCAGAGCACCCGGAGUACUGGGGACCAAUCACUGGCCCAGAUCAGCGGAUGGUAGAGGCCGAGAUUGUAGCAUUUGCUCUUCUUUCCGCGCCUGAUCGCAUCUUCAAGCCGUUGAGCGACAAGUCGAAGGAGAAUAUCACCAACUGGCUCCGGUCUUUGAACGGCAUGGAAAUGCCAAAGAACAACUGGCGUUGGUUCAGGGUGUUUGGGAACUUAGCUCUGUUCAAAGUCUGCGGUAUGCCGUAUGAGACCGUUCGCGAUGAGAUUAAUUCAGACUUGGCCCUCCUGGACAGCUUCUACCGAUUCGAUGGUUGGUCGGCAGACGGUCCCUGGCAAACGCCCGAGCAGGCUCAGGAUGAGUUCGAGCAGUUCGAAAAGACUGGAAGGCGUGACGCAAUAGGAAUUGGAAGACAGGCCGACUACUACUCUGGCAGCUUUGCAAUCCAGUUCAGCCAGCUGCUCUAUUCUCGAUUCGCUGCCGACAUCGACCCUGAACGAGUACAGAAGUAUCAUGUUCAAGGUUCUGCCAUACCAUUUGGUCGGUCUCUGACCUAUCGCUUUGCCUGCGGAGGGUAUUUCGCUGCUCUCGCUCUUGCACAGGUACCCGAUAUGCCAAAGCCUCUCGAUACCCCUGGCGCUAUUAAAGGCUUUCUAUUGAGGCAUCUAAGGUGGUGGACAAGUAACUCCGAUGGUGUAUUCUAUCCUGAUGGUACCAUGAAUAUUGGUUGGUUAUAUCCGAACAUGUUUUUGUGUGAAGACUACAACUCACCUCAGUCUCCCUACUGGUGUUUGAAAACCCUGGUUGCGGUUGGUCUUGCGGAAAAUGACGACUUCUGGACUGCAGAGGAAGAGCCAUACCCCACACUCUCUUCAACAGACUCGGUCGCCCUCGUCCCAGCUCCCCAACAAAUUGUGUGUAAUCAUCCUCAGAGCAACCAUCACUUCCUCCUCUCGCCAGGACAAUUUGUAGCAUGGCCCAUGAAGGCCAACCAAGCCAAGUACUGUAAAUUCGCAUACUCAUCCGCGUUCACAUUCUCCGUACCAACGGGCCCGCUUAUCCAGCAAAUUGCCCCCGAUAACGCUCUUGCUCUGAGCCGGGACGGCGGAGAGACGUGGGCGGUAAAGUGGAAAUCGGAACCAGUGCGCUUCUCGACUGCGUUCAUCCAAGAAGCUUCUAGUACACAGGAAGUACAAGGAGCGAGCGCAAAGUGGUACCCAUGGGGUGACAGGGCCGUUAGUGUAGACACCACACUGAUCCCGCCGUCUGACCGAUGGCCGGACUGGCAUGUCCGAGUACACAGAAUUGAGGUACACGAAAAGCUCAAGACGUUACACACUAUUGAGGGCGGUUUUGCCAUCUCCGGCCGCAAAAAGGGAGGCCAAACUGAAGGGUUGCCUCUGCCUGUCAUUUCAGAGAUUCCGAAAGACGCCAGCUUGGGCUCUGCCGAAGGGGUUCUACAGGAAGAGCUGUCUACCUUGGUCUUGUCCUCCGCGGGCGCCAGCGGCGUGGUUUCGAAAUCCUUGAGCAAUUCUCAGACGACAUCAGAAAGCUUCCCACUGAAGCCUGACUCGAACACAAACUUGGCCUGCCCUAGGACCUUGAUACCGGUUAUUUCACACGCCACUGUCGGUGGCCUGGAUGCUGGAUUCGAAAUUGUCUUAGUCGAGUCCAUCUUCGCAUUGUCUACCUCGGCAAACAGGGGUUGGUCCACCACUGGAAAGACAUUGGCAGAACGAUGGUUGGAUGCUCCACGGGUGCAGCUGGACCCUGAGGUGUCAGACGUAGCAGACGGUGACGUUAUAUUAGUUGUUGCUUCCACUCAAUGCUGAGUUACUUUGGAUGGCCAGAUGUAUGCUCUCCUGGAGGCCCAAAAUACCAGAUAGCAUCAUCAUAAGGUUGCC